AUGUCGUCGCAGACCAUGACUGCGCCAGCUGUGGGCCAUCGACCGCCUGACCCAGGUACAGAUUCGCCCAUGUACGACUAUGGCGGCUCCCAUAACUCCACGCCCCCUUCCAAUCCCCGAAACGACUCCGCAAUUCGCGACAUGCAGAAUAAUUCUGCCCCGUCAACGCCAAAAGGCCUCCCAACCUCAGAUGUCGGAAUUAAGACGGAAUGCUCAGACAGCCAUGAUCUUUCGGCGUCGCAACAUCAACAAGAUGCCAACACGCAAAAUGCUGCAAGCGCCCUGUUGGCUCAACUCCUCGGCAAUCAAUCUGCGCCGAACCAAACAACCGACCAGCAAUUUGGAGGAGAGGACCAUGAUAUGUCCAUGGAUUUCAAACUGGAGGAACACCAUGCUCAGCCUUUCGAUUUAAAUACCCACGCCACCCCUCUCGACCAGAGCUUACAUCAAGACCCGUCAAUAUCGCGCGAGAUUCAGGAUUUGCUGAAUGGAAAGGCUCUGGGUGAUGAGCUAAUGGGAGCAAAUUCCUCUCAUCAAGAUUUCGCUCAUACAGGAAUUUCCUCGUCCGAUGCAAUGGGUACCCUGACCGAUCCUUUAAACACUAAACUAGACACGGAGCAGCCUUCCCUUCUUCCGCCUUUGGACUUCAACGCCGCCCCGAAAAAUGCGUUCGAUGCUCUCCAUCAGAACGAGCUACUCACUGCCGCUUUCCUUUCGCAAGGCGCCGACCUCUCGGCCCUGGGAUAUCAAGAUGGAGCUACAUCAAUUGCUGGGUCGGAGCCGAAGAUCCAAGCGUUUGCCAAGUUAGAGUUUGACGAUGGGCAUUUCUAUUGCAAUACCUACUCAUUCAUCCUCGGGCGAGAUGUACGAGCCGCACGCGCUGCCCAUCAUCGAGAGUUCCAGUUCCGGCAGGCCGUGCGAAGCUCUCGAGCAAAGAGCUCGAGUGGAGGCAACACAUCACAUACCCCGAACCGUAUGAAGCGGGAGGAAAGUGCUGCCAUGAUGGGCAGCGUUGUCAGCGAUCGCGGCGGUAUCAUGGGCUUUGAUCCAGAUGUUCCUCCACAUCUUGCGGGUGGAAUGAACCCAAGCCGGCGAUCCUCAAAGUCUUCCAUGGACGAGGCCGUUGUUCCCCUGCACGCCAAUCCGGCUCAAUUACAGUCUUCCACGGACUACAACGCUUUAGCGAUGCAGUCCCUACAAGAUGGGAAUGGAGAUGCCAAGCCUGUUGAUACGCUUGCUCUGCUCCCGUCUCCUGAUUCCUGUCCCACCAUCCCAAUCCACCCCCCGACGACGGUUGACGGCAGUGCCGCUGGUCAUCGAGGUAUUUCCCGCCGACAUGUUCGCAUUUCAUAUAACUUUGACCGCAAUCUGUUCGAGAUGGAAGUCAUGGGUCGCAAUGGAGCUUUCAUUGGAGCCGAUUGGUUAUCACCUGGGCAAGUUCGUCCGUUACACAGUGGUGAUUAUAUACAGAUUGGAGGUGUGCGCAUCCGCUUCCUGCUACCAGACGUUCCAAUUGGCGAAACAGGCGCCGACAGGAUGGAAGAACAGCAGCAGAUGCCAGACGAGGAUGAGGAUGCAGAAGGAGAGGAUGAAGACCCUCGCGUUUCAAUCGAGGUGGAUAACGAAGUUGAUGAAUCCGAGAGGCUCGGAAGCGAGAGUGGGGAGAGUAGGGAACCUUCCAAGGGGCCCAGGCUGAGUCUCAAGAUGAAGGAUACAGAUUCUUCCAAGGCAUUGGAAUCCAUUGAAGCAGAUAAUGGAUCACAGCCGGCUCGCCGACGCGGACCUGGUCGGCCUCCCAAGGACGGCAUCAUGUCCAAGCGCGAGCGAGCUGAGCUUGCCCGUGAGCAGAAGAUUGCUGCUAAACGCGAGGCCAAUGGUGGUGUCACUCCGCCUCCCCUGAAAGUGCCCAAGGCUGGGAAGACAGUCGCGAAAGAGUCUGUCGUGCCCGAGUCGCCGACACCAAAGCCAGCCGAAAAGCGGAAGUAUACGAAGAGAAAGAAGCCGGAUGGAACAUUUAUGGAUUCUCCUCUUCCUUCAACGGAAGGUGGUCAGAUCCCGGAACAGCGACAAGAGGAAUAUGUCAAGCCCCCGCCAGUCAAGAAGCGCAAGCCAUCACGCUCGCCGUCUCCCAACUAUCCUCCCGAGUCCGCUUACACGCAAGAGGAUUUGGCCAAGCCGCCUUACAACUACGCAGUGCUCAUCUUUGAUGCUCUGACAGAAGCUGGCACGCCCAUGACAUUGAAGCAGAUUUAUAGGGCCUUGAAGCUUAAGUAUCCUUACUUCCGCUUCAAGUGUGAAACCGAGGGCUGGACAUCCAGUGUGCGACACAACCUCAAUGGUAACGGUCAUCUUUUCAUGCACGCAGAACGAGAUGGCAAGGGUUGGUCAUGGCAAUUGAUACCUGGCGCAUCGGUUGAGAAAGAAAAGAAGCGGCGCCCGUCACCUCCGCCGCAACCGCAGGUCUCGCAUCCGCCAACGCCUGCUCCUCAGCAAUACAUGCCACAGAUCGCCCAUUCCUAUGCUCCCCCGUCUCAAGGUCCACCACCUGUGCCAAAUCCGCCUCAACACUUCCAGUUCCCAUCGAUUCCACCCGCGCCUUUCCCGGCCUCUGUCACCAUCCGCAGCAACCUCCCGGCUGCCUUCGCGCAGACUAUUCCGUCCACCUACACCUCUCCCUACGCAUCCAGCCCGGCUCCGCAGGCAGGCCAGCAGCAGACACAAACUCCACGGCCUCCCCAUGGACCUCCUCAGCACCACUCCCCCUACGCACCCCAAAAGCCCCCACAACCGCCUCACAUCAACACGCAGCCCCAGGCCUAUCCUCCGUCCAAUGGACAGCCAUACCAACAGCAGCACCAGCAACCGGCGCGGCCUCCAUCACAGCCAAUCUCACAUCAACCUCAACAGCAACCGCCGAUGCAGCACCACCAGCCACAGCACCAGCCGCAGCACCAACACCAGCACCAGCAUCAACACCAACACCAACACCCGCCAUCGGGGCUCCCAGCUCACCCUCAAGCCCAUCACCAUCAACAACAGCAGCACCAUCACCAACCGCAGCAGCAGCAGCAUACCCCUGCGCCGGUUGGUCCCCCAGAGUCAUCCUCGUUCACUGAUCGAGCCAACAAGGCAAUUGAUGACUUUGAGGCUGUUUUGAUGGAAGAUUACGAGGACAAGAACUACAUCCGGGAAGUUCUUCGAAGUGCCCGCGCUCGAGUGUUGGACAAUGCUACGGAAAGCACAUUCCCUGGCGGCGAGCCAAAGGACGAGGCUGUCAUCAUGGAUGUGCUUCGCAACCUGGUCGGAAGCCUGAAGGAUGAAUAA